CCAGUCCACUUUUUCAGGGUCUCACCGUCCCCCCAAUACCUUUGUAAUCACUCCACCUGCUGGGCAUUGGCUCAGCAACAUUCCCACGACUCGAUUUCACGCUUCAACUACACCAUUCUGCAGUUUAAUUCCGACAAUAUGUCUUCAUCUAUCACACCAUUCAAGAUAUCUGUCACUGACGAGAAGCUCGCACGUCUUCAGCAGAAGUUGGCUUUGACUGACUUCCCCGAUGAAUGUGUCGAUGCAGUGAAUUGGUGCCACGGAACACCACUCUCGGAUGUCAAGCGUCUUAUUCAGCACUGGAAAAACAGUUUCGAUUGGCGUGCCUCCGAAGCAACUCUGAAUGAAUUCCCUCAAUACACCACUCGAAUCAACAUUGACAGUUUUGGUCAACAGGAACUGCACUUCGUUCACCAACCAAGCCAAGUCAAGAACGCAAUUCCCCUUCUUUUUCUCCACGGCUGGCCAGGCAGUUUCAUUGAGGUCACACGUAUUCUGCCUCAGCUCGUUCAAGGCGGUGAUGACUUCCCCGCAUUCCACGUCGUUGCUCCGAGUCUCGUUGGCUUCGGCUUCUCCUCUGGCUCAAACCGCAAAGAUUUCGGCAUAGACCAACAAGCAGAGGCAGUGCACAAGGUCAUGCUUGCGUUGGGGUAUACCCAAUAUAUAGUCCAAGGAGGCGACAUUGGAUAUCUAGUCUCCCGUUUCCUCGUCCUCAAGUACCCGAACCACGUUAAAGCGCACCACAUCAGCAACGCUGCACCUGCAGAGCCGAACGAAGAACUGCACCCCAAACUCCACGCCAAAGUCAAAGAUACACCACUUAGCUCGGGCGAGCUUGAGGGACUCGGGCGUACAGAACACUUUUCGAAAGAAGGAAACGGGUACUACAAGAAACAAGCCACCAAGCCACAGACAGUCGGAUACUUCAUGGCAGAUAGCCCAUCUGGACUACUGGCAUGGCUUCUUGAAGCUUUCCACGAUUGGGUGGACGACUACAAAUGGACUGAUGACGAGAUCUUGACCUGGAUCUCCAUUUACUACUUCUCGCGGGCAGGUCCUGCUUCCUCGAGCUACAUAUACUAUGCAAUGGAGCAUGCGGAAGUGUCACCGUUUGUUGCUGCUCAGAAGUACUCUGAGGUUCCCCUGGGUACAUCUCGAUUCCCGAAGGACUUGAUUCUUCUUCCGAAGCUGUGGAAUCACACUUUGGGCCCGAUCGUAUAUGAGAAGGAACAUAAAAAUGGCGGUCAUUUUGCGGCAUGGGAGGUCCCCGAUGCCAUUGUAGACGACCUGCGUACCAUGUUCGGCAAGGGUGGUGGGGCUUUCGGCGUUGUUGCGGGAAAGUCGGGAUUCGACGCUGCAUAA